AUGAUGCUUUACAGGGUGAUGGAUCUAAUAGUCCGAGAGGACACAUUCAAGCUGUUUACAAACAGAAACGGGUUUGGGAUAUUCGAGAGGCUUGAGGAGCCUCCGAGGAUGGAGACAAUGGAGGACUUGGAGGAGAGGAUCAAGGGAUAUUUCAAAGAGGUCCUGAAGGCGACCACGGCAGACUCUCUCUACUUUAACGAAGCAUUCCGGAUGCUCAACUUUGUGGAAAGGAUCUUCAAGGAGCUCAGGGAUCUCAACGAGUCUGCCAUGGAGCGAAGCAUAAGAGGCCCUAUGGACGAUGUGAUUCGGCUAUACUCGGAGUCUCUGAGGAAGUUUGUUGAGGGCGUAGAUAUUCCGGUACUGCAGGAGCACGUGAGGUUUAUUGUAUCGUAG